AGACCACUGAAAAAUGUAGCCAUAUUGUGGAUAUAGUUCCCCACCUGUGUAACAUUGGGAAAAUGUAAGAAACUUGCAGACUAAAUUGAAUGUGAAUAAAAGUUUGAUCUUCGUGAUCCGGUUUCAAAGAAUCGAUGGGGGAGCAGCUGAUCGACGACGAAGGCCAACCACCGGCCCGGCUCUGUGUCCAGAUGCUGAUCGAAGAUGCGAGCCCACCGCCGGCCAUUCGGUUCGAAGUAGAAAGUCGUAACCGGUUGCCCUGCUGCGUCGUCGUGCUCCGUUAGCGUCUCAGAUCCUGAUCGAAGUUCUCCAGCUCCUGGUCCUCAUUCCGCCCCAAUCCGUCUUCCUCAUGUCGUUCCCCCUCUGUCAGAUCUCCCUUCCUCCUUUAUCAACAUUAAAACCUCUUAAUAUUAUAAAUUGGCCCCCAUUUUGCCAAUGUAUUUGCUAAUUGGUCCUUUCCUUAUAAUUAAAUUCUAAAAUUAAACCAUAAAGGCAUAAACACAAAUUCAUCCAAAAUUAUAAUAUUAAUCAAGGAAGAGUAUCUUUCCUGGGAAUCCUGGCAACCCAGCGAUAAAGUGAUGGCUUCAUCUCCAUUUACCCCCCGCUGUACUGUGGAAAACGGAUCGAAGUCAUUCUUCCAGAAAGCUGUUUAUUUGGUGGAUUGGUGGCUACUGAAGGCGGAUAGUCAAUCCAGUGGGAAGAGACUCGGUGUCGGUGGUUUUACUUUACGGAAUAAUGUGAGGCAAGAGUUCUCCUCAGCUCCCAUUGUGAAGGUGUUUGAAAGUUUUAUUUUAGGCUUUCCCUAUCAGUGGGAGAUCUUUGCUGCUAAAGAUGCAUUGGAAGCUUCUCCUCCCAAAGCCGCUCCAGAUGCUGUUUUGGGUGUGCAGAAGUCAUCCUUGCGCUCACAAAGUGUUCCAGAAGCUAGAAGAACAAGAAGUAUGAAAAGCAAGGAUGUGGGUAGUCCAAAAACACAUGAACCAAUUUGUAUAAAGAAAUCAAAAAUAAAUAGCGUUUCAGAAAUCAACAAGCAAGGUGAAGAAGCUGAAGAUGAGAUGUGUACGCAAAAAAACCUAAAUACAGAAGACUGCAUUUCCCUAAGGCUCCGUUCUCGCCACAAUAAACAGAACCAUACUUCGGAGGGUGGUAUGGCAGUUUGUGGAGUUGCAAGCACAUCUGGGAGCAACACAAAGGAAAAAUUGGAUUAUGAAAGCCUUGCAUUUAAGAAUGGAAUCGGAAAUGCCUCAGCUGUAAAUGUGGAACCUUCAAUGCCGGAUGGUUUAAAAUCAGCUACUCAAGGAUGUAAUGACAAAUCUAUUGACGGCUUUCGAAGGGGAAACUUAGAAGAUGAAAUUAAUGUCACACCCAGUAAAAAGUAUGGAGGGGUUCAUAAGGUUUCCAUACCAAAGAAUGUGAGUAAAUGUGCUCAGUCUGACCCUGGUUAUGCACACAGUGCAAAGAAGAAAACUUGUUGCAGAAAAGAAGCCGGUUCUUUUGAAAACAUGGCGUCUCCACAAUCUCUGACGCUAAAAAGAUCGAGAUCAGGGAGAUUGCUUCUGCCUCCGCUAGAAUUUUGGCGUAAUCAACGAGCAGUUUAUAAUUUGGAACGCAAAGUCACUGGAAUUGUGGACGACCAAAAUUUUCUGAUUUAGAUGUUAGUAGGUUGACAGCAAUGUUGAUUUACUUCAUUUUUUUUCUUGGUCAUGGGAGUGACUACAGCUGAGGGGCAGAUAGAAGGGAAGGUGUUAGAAUGAAUAUGAAGCCUGGGGCCUUUCACCUGUGAUAAAAUCCUGAAUCAACGGAGAACUCCCUUCCUUUUUGUUAAGGUAGUAUUAUGUACUCUUUCUGUCUGAAAUAAGACCCUCAUUUGACUUCUUACAAUCUAUGAUGCAAUACUUAGAUCAUUAAUAUCUACAUUUAUGCAUAAAUAAAUAUUAUAAAAAUAAAAUAUUUCAGAACUACAUGUCAAACUAAAUCUAAUGAUAUUAAAUUUUCAAUUUUAAUAUUAACUCAAUAUAUUUUUUCUACAUAAUAUGGUCGAAUAUUACAAACUUUGACCAAGUAAAGUCAAACGGAAACCGUAUAUUGUGAUAGAGGGAGUAAGAUGUAUAACUUUUGGUUAUGGAUAUGCUAAUGGAGGCGACAUAGAAGCACAUUCCGUCUGUGAUGUAGUACGGUAUAUUGCUGAAGUCGACGACUCAAUGGAAGGGUAAAAAGAGAACUACUCCCUCCCUCUCCAAAUCAACUUUGCUGUUUCCAUUAUUGAUGUCUAAAAAAUCAAUUUUAUACUUUUCCACUUUCCUUUUUGGGAAUAAAUAUGUGGACAGCUUUAUUGAUCUGUCUCUCAAAUGAAUUCCAACCACAAACCCUUCACCAAACACCUUUCAUUUUUCAAUACUUUUCCCAACUCUGUGAGCUCAGAGUGUCAAGGUGAUUUGGAGACAGAGGGAGAACACACUGAACUGGAUUGAGCUUUUUGGUGGUUGCUUUGAACUAAAUGCAAGUAUGCAACGGUAAAGGUGGCUUUGUUUUUUCUAAAUUAUUUAUAUUAUUUGCAAAUUGACGUAUUUGUUAGGUGUUUCUUAUCAAAUUCCUUACUAGGAGUAUUAAGUAUUAUUACUACUAUGAAGAAAAACAAGCCCUAAUACUUCAUACCUAACUGACACUCUGACAGAUAAUAAAUUCAAAUGAACAUCAGUGAAAAGUGAAGCAAAAUGUUCUUAUGUAAUUGUGAAUUGAAUUUACAGAGUACACAAAAAAAUGGUCCAGAUAAUAAAAAAUGGAAAAACUUAUAUAUUCAGUUUUAUCCUUUUCUAUUCAAGUUUUUUUUAUCAGUCUUCCCUGAUUUAUAGUUUCACACACGGGAACACACACACACGCACAAUAUUGCUAAUGUUUUGAGACUCAGUAAGUUAUACGACAAUAAAACAUAGCUGUCAACAGCAUUGCUAUCAGCUGGUGCAUCCUUCUUAUAUCCCCUUUUCAGAAGGAUCUCAUUGAAGGUAUGGGAAUGAUAUAUUCACAUUCAUCUUCACUUAAUUUUUACUUCUGAUUGAUUAAAAGAACCAUAUCUUGGUUUGAGAAAGUUCAGUAUAGGGAGGGCGUAGAGAGUAGUUGGGAUAUGUUAGGUUAGAUUUAGAAACAAUAAGGGCAUUUAUGUUCAUCUAGGCCAAAGGGAAAUUUUAUUUGGGACAAGUGAAAAAUUAAAAAGGAAAGGUUUUUAGGGACGAAGGGAGUAGUAUUUAGGUAUUUUCUAUUUUGGAAACAGAAUCUGAUGCAUUUAUAUGCAAUCUGUAUGUACUUCUCUCAUUACAUUCAAGCUCUGCCACUGGGGAUCUGAAUGUAUUUUAGCGUGCAUGAUUCUAUAUAUAAUUGCUCUCUCCCAAAUUACCAAGUAUAUUUCUAUAGGAUUAAGUGUAGAGCCUCUUAGUUCAUAUUGUCUAUACACUUAAAGAGUGUACAGCCUUGAUUAGCGCAAUAAACACUACAUACAAGAGUACAAAUUGAUUUUUACAUAAACACGCCUGUAGCAAACACGAUUUGAUAAUAAUUUUGUAUUACUCUAAAAUUAAGAACAACAAUAACAUCAGAGGAAAUCAAUAGUUAACCAAGCGACAAGUUCAUAUAUAAAUCUACACUUUUUGAGCAUUACUUGCAGAAUCUGUCUUAAUUUUUGAUGUUUUAAGUCAUGAAAUGUGAGAGUUGGACUUCAUUAUUCUUAUUUAUAGUUUAGAUCGAUGCAUUUUGUGGUGUUUUUAUGUGCAGUAGUUUAGGAUGUUUCAUGUGCAUAUGUUUGUUUUUUUGUCUUUAGAGGAUUAUAAUAAAAGUUGAGGAAUUCACAUUCAAUUCUUACUAGAUCAAGAAGAUGAAAAUGAAUUGAAUUAGUAGUGUGUUAGAGUGGCACGCAUUAAAGAAACACAUACAUAGAGAGAGCAAAAUAAUUGAAGAUGUAGGGAUAUACGACUAGAUUUGUUUUUGGACUUUGCUUACACUUUGUAUUAUAUACUCCCUUCAGCCCUUACCCUAUGUUUGGUUCAUAGAAUUCAAGAAAGGAAAGAAAAGAAUUUUUUCCCC